CAAAUUAAACCCAAAGAAAAAAAUGGCCACGAAUACUCGCAGCAUUCUUCUUCUCUUCUUCUUCUUCUUGUUCGCUUCCCAACAACAAUGGCUGCAGCAAGCCCAAUCAAAGGCACACACGUGGCAAGAGGCUUUCAAAGCCCUCGGCAUAGCAUGGAACCGUGACGGAACCUUAAACAGAACCGUCCAGAUCCCAAUGGCCGACGCAACCCCGUACGAGGAUUCCACCACCCCAUCUCCGACGGUCCUCUCCCAGGACAUCACCCUCAACUGGAAGACCAAAGCCACCGUCCGCCUCUACCGCCCCGCCGUAAUCCCGCCCAAAAAGAAGCUCCCCCUCAUCAUCUACCUCCACGGAGGCGACUUCGUCCUCUACAGCGCCUCCACCGUCAUCUACCACAACUUCUGCAACGACAUCGCCGCCGCCUUCCCCGCCAUCGUCAUCUCCGUCGAGUACCGCCUGGCUCCGGAGAACCGCCUACCCGCAGCCUACUUCGACGGGCUGAACGCGGUCUUGUGGGCCCAGAACCAGUCCCUGGGCAUCGGGGGCCAAGACCCCUGGCUGGAGUACGCCGACUUCACAAAGACCUACCUCCUAGGAAGCAGCGCCGGCGCCAACAUAGCCUACCACGUGGCCCUCCAGUUACUAGACUACGAUCUCCGGCCAGUCAAAAUCAAAGGGCUGCUUAUGAACCAGGCUUUCUUCGGCGGGCUAACGAGAACCCAGUCGGAGAAAAACCUGAUAGAAGACGCUUACGUUCCUUUGUACGUGAACGAUGUACUGUGGUCUUUGGCGCUGCCGACCUACAUGAACAGGGACCAUGAGUACUGCAACCCGAUAUCCGGCGGGAGUUACAUGGGUCGGGUCAAGGGUUUGCCCAAAGUGUACAUCAAGGGGGAUUACGGCGACCCGUUAGUUGACAGAUCGAUUCUUUUGGCACAGUACUUGCAGUCUUGUAAAGUCCCGGUUUAUUACCGGUUCAACCAAGGCGGGUACCAUGGGAUCGAGCUGCAGAACACCAGCGCCGCACAACAGCUCUACAAUGAUAUGACCUGGUUCGUUAAUGAUGUUUAUCAGAACUUGAACUCCCAGGAUCUCUCUCACCACCAUGCUUCCUACUAAUCUCUCUCUAUAUAUAUAUAUGCAGUUAUUUUAUGGUGCUUUUAUUUACCUUUUGUCGUUUGUGCGCUUGGAGUUAAUUAAUAAUUAGGACCUGAGGAGCUAGGUCCCGAUCGAGGCUCCCUCGACCCUACACCCGAUGUUUAUCGGCCAGUGCAUUUCAUGUUACGUGUAUUUUCUAUUCAGUUUUCUUAUUGAAUUUGUGUUUUCACUUUUUAUUUA